CCAUACAGAGAGUGACAACUUAUAUGCAGUUGAAAAAAAUGCCAUCAUUCAAAAGUUUGCUUAUCUUAGGUCUUUUUUCAUUUCUUCUCGUUGUCUCUGAAAUGACCACGGCAUCUGCAAGGCAGUCGGGCAUGGUGAAGUCAGGAAGUGAGGAAACUGUACACCCUGAUGGAUAUGGAGGUGGGCAUGGAGGAAAUGGAGGAGGUUAUGACGGAAGAGGAGGACACAACGGAAGAAGAGGAGGCCACGGGGGCAAAGGAGGAAAAGGUGGCCACGGAGAAGAAGCUGUUCAGACUAAGCCUGACGCGGUGAACUCAGAGACUGAGGAAACUGUGAAACCUGAUGGAUAUGGUAGUAGCCACGGGGGCCAUGGAGGCCACGGAGGCCACGGGGGCCAUGGUGGACACGGAGGCCACGGGGGGAAGUUAUUCUGACUCAGUCCGGUCACUAAGUAUCCAUAAUCUAUCCGUGUAUGCACUUACCUGUGUGUAUGACGAUGAAAUAAACUUGGUGCUUUUGUAAUAAAGUAACUCAAGGUUUAAGAAAAUAAACUAUGGGAAUAAAAUGUCAUAAUGUCAUGUCUCUGUGUUCGAGUUGAGAUUUGCGCAUAGUCAGUAGUUUACGUUGUUGCUCUUUUACAUCUCCAUCCCUAACGUGAACUAAUAAUCACUAGGUUAAUAUCUAGGUUAAUAUCUGCGCAUUUACGCG